AUGGCGGCGCUGUCAGCUCCUGGCCUGUGCGGCUUCCGGAUCCUUGGUCUGCGCUCCAGCGUGGGCACGGCUGUGCAGGCACGAGGUGUCCAUCAGAGCGUGGCCACCGAUGGCCCAAGCAGCACCCAGCCUGCCCUGCCAAAGGCCAGAGCCGUGGCUCCCAAACCCAGCAGCCGGGGCGAGUAUGUGGUGGCCAAGCUGGAUGACCUCGUCAACUGGGCCCGCCGGAGUUCUCUGUGGCCCAUGACCUUCGGCCUGGCCUGCUGCGCCGUGGAGAUGAUGCACAUGGCAGCACCCCGCUACGACAUGGACCGCUUCGGCGUGGUCUUCCGCGCCAGCCCGCGCCAGUCCGACGUCAUGAUCGUGGCCGGCACACUCACCAACAAGAUGGCCCCAGCGCUUCGCAAGGUCUACGACCAGAUGCCGGAGCCGCGCUACGUGGUCUCCAUGGGGAGCUGCGCCAACGGAGGAGGCUACUACCACUACUCCUACUCGGUGGUGAGGGGCUGCGACCGCAUCGUGCCCGUGGACAUCUACAUCCCAGGCUGCCCACCUACGGCUGAGGCCCUGCUCUACGGCAUCCUGCAGCUGCAGAGGAAGAUCAAGCGGGAGCGGAGGCUGCAGAUCUGGUACCGCAGGUAG